AUGGAAGUCGAAGAUUCCUUGUUCGUGACAGUUUUCUUGCUUGUUUUUAUGUCCUUCCUGGCCUUAUUUGCAGUACUUGGUAAUGGAAUUGUUCUUGGUAUCAUUGCUCGGUUUAAAAAGCUUCGCACCUUUCCAAACAUUCUGAUUGCUAAUCUGGCGUUGGCUGAUUUUUUCAACGCGUUCAUCAAUAUACCCAUGUACUUGCUUUAUGCAGUCCUGAACGUAAAAUGGUUUAGAGGAAAAACUUUAGCGAUGAUUUCGAUUUUCUCAUUCUCAUUCUUUACCUUUGUAAAUGUCGUUUCCAUGUUGGUGCUACUCGUAAAUAUGUUUCUGGCGAUAACAUUUGACUUAAAAUACUUCACCUGGAAAACGAAUAAAAAAGCCAACAUUAUAGUCCUUGUUGAGUGGUUGGUCGGGUUUAGCUGUGCUGUUUUGUUGUGUCUUAAUUGUGAUGUCGACCUUCAACAAGAUGCUUCUGUUUUAACGUAUCGUAAUGAAGUUCUGGGUAAAGGCAAACCUAUUGCGCCAGCCAUCACCUCGGCGUUCGUGGUCAUUGCAGUAGUCCUUAGUGCCAUGAUUUUUGGGUCAAUUCAAAAAAUGAAACGCCAGGUGAGUCUUUUUUUGCUUUAGAAUGAUUUUCUACAUUAAGUGAUAAACUGCAUGUCUUAAUUUAGUUUCUUGAACUUUUACGAAAAAGUAAUGCAGACACGCAUCCCCUACUGGGAAUCGAAAUUCAGUUCUAUCUUGUUUUGUUCACUGAGAUGCAAGUACUCUGGGAUUCCGCUAAGGCGAUAAGAGAUAAGAUAAAGAUAAGAUAAUUUAUUUAAUGUCAGAUACACAGGGGGUGGUCUCCCAAUCCCCCGAGCCACGGGCUCAUGAUAAAAGUGUUUGACAAUAUAAAAGAAAAAUUAAAUAAGUAAUAUCUCAAUAGCGACUAAUUAAAUUUAAAAAAAUAUCAUCUAUCUAUAAAAAUAAAUCGUGUCAAAGGCAAUUGCUGCAUUGACAGCCGAUAAAAUUUAACUUAGUUAAGUCUCCGAAAGGAUGAUGCAUUAGGUGCGCUUUUUACAGCAGAUGGCAACUGGUUCCAGAUGUGCGAGAUCAUGUACGCAUAUGAACCAUGAAGGAAUCUACUAUUAUAUGAAGUUUGUACAACAUUUAGACCAUUGCUUCUAAGAUUAUAUGGUGUAACUCGGGGUUUGAAUAAAUUGGCUACAUAGCCAGGACCAUUCUCCCUGAAACAUUUAAAAAAUAUCAUUAAGGAUUGUUCUAUGCGUCUAUGUUCCAAGGUAUUCAUAUCUGCCAUCCUAAGAAUUGAUUCAUAAUCGGUACUUUUCCCCAUGUUCAUUAUAGUUCGUAGACCAUAAUAGUUCGCAUCUUCCAGUUUCUUGUUAAGUGUUUUACCUAUACCCAUAAGUAAAGAGUUGCAAUAUUCAAAAUGUGAUAACACAAAACUCUUGUAAAGAAGCAAUAUAGUAUUUGCCGGUACUAAACGCUUAAGGCGGAAAUAUGAAAACGAUCAGCUCUUUUGAAUUAGACAAAAAGGCUGAUUAAGCUGAUUCGCUGGUACGUAAAAUUGCCUGUAGGCGAAAAACUUCAGUUCGCACACAGCGCCCUAAAAAUUGUCUUGCAAACCGAGGGGAAGUAAAUCACGACUGACCGACCUAAUGUAGCUCGUCCCAGGAGACUGUGUAGUAGAAGAGGUCGAAAAUUCUCUUCAAUUCGUUGGCACUUUAAUUUGGGGUGAACUAGACCUACGUUUAGCUUCAUUUAUCCGUAUACAUAAUUACUCUAUUACUUGAUUUUCUUUCCCAUGGUGCUCCGCUGGUGCGCAUAAUAGAGAGUUUUAGAUCCGAGUUUACCGCGAACCUCUAACCACUGGAGGUCACGUGAGUCAAGUCUUUCGCGUCACGUUUGAGGUUUACGACGUGCGUUUUCAAUGUGGGGAGGUAGGUUUUCACGUAUGCCAUUUACCUGAAAGCUUUUAGCGUAUAAUUCUUAAGAAUACAAAAAUCUUGGGGAGCAAGUCUUUAUCCAUUAACAGAGGCACAAAUCUAAAUUUGAUAAAUCGUAUUUGAUCUUGAAAACAAGUGCCAUUUAUGGCUGCUGAUUCAAAAUAGCGGCCGUAAUCUAAUCCACCGCCAAUCUAAAUCGAAUUAUGUUUAAACGUCGAACCGCAAACGGGUAGCCGCAAACCUCGGUUAGAGAUUCGCGGUAAACUCGGAUCUAACUGAACUCUCUAAUAGCGGAGCUCUGGCGCGCGAAGCACGCCAGGUAGAGCACAGGAGAGCUAGAGCUCCUGUAGAGCACCAUUGGUAAGAAAAUGAAGUAAUCCACUCAUCCGAGAAAAUUUGGUAAUCACGUGACCGUACACCGACCGCCCGCCCGAGAGACCGUCCGUCCGCACCACAGGCAUACCGAUGUAAAACAACUGAAUCAACAGGUAUGGCAACCCAAAUGCAACUCGAGGUUAUUUUGGCGGGAAAUCGUAUAGCUACCGGCGUGCUGUAAAGCAGAGACAACAAUAGAGUCAAUACAGACGAAAACGGAAAGCGGAAAUUGUUUCUGUAUCCGUGUUGUCUAAAGUAUUAACAUGGCUUAGAUAAAUUGUCAUGUCCACAAAUUUGGAAUAUAGAGCAAGAGAAAGACAGAGGAAAAGAGAAAGUGGGCGGCAGGCUAGCGAAGCUCAACGAGAAAAAGGGUGACAGGGAUUUAGAGCGAGAAAAAAAACCGAAGGAGACAUUUUUUUUGUUGGAAGAACAACAUGAAAAUUUUGUAGCGGCGGUGACAAAAUGAGAACUGCUAGCGGCCACCAAUAUCUUGGUAUUAAAAUGUAAAUAACACAACCUCCUAAAAUCGUAGUUAAGCUAUGAGAAAACCUUCGAAUAUUUUAGACGAAUGUAACGGUUAUCCAGAAAUUUUUUUAGCUUUUCUUCUAGGUAAUAUUUGCUCCUUCGAACAGUUAUUCUACAGAAAAAAGUCAUUGGGUGCCCCUGAGAUUAUAACAGCUGCAUUACAAAAAAGAUGAUGUAAAAAUAAUACGAUCUGUGAGUAAAAAAGUGGAUUGUUGCAUUGAUGCAAAAUAUUAUAUACAAAGUUUCAACAGUUCCAAGCCUAAUUCGAUGUGAAUCUUUGUGACUAGUUGUCCAUUUGAGUAAUUUUAGCUUGUAAGGUAACAAUAACUUUUUGUAAUUAUGUGUAAUUGCGUUAAUCAGUUCGGUUACAGCUUAUUUUCUUGAUUUUUCCCGUAAAUGGACCACCUCCCGUAAGCAAUCACUUUGUUGUGACCAAGGGUGGUCGCUUACGAGAGAGUGGACUGUAAAAUAGGCAAGCCCUUAAAUGAAAUAGUUCUGGAGACUGUGUAAGUACUUCAGGUCUAGGGAAACACAAAAUUGAAAAUGUUUAUUAUGAUCCUGGAUGGCCAGGUCAAUUUAUUCCAUCGCCAGCUAGCCAGAAGACAAAAGACAAAAAGCCCGUGGACUCGGUAACUGAUACAAGUACAUUUGCUUGUAGGCGCAAAACAUUAUUUCAAGCACCGACAGCGCCCUAAAGAUGCAACGGUCUCAAAAAUGAAGUAAAUCACGAGAAAACUUAUUGUAGGCAUGUCAAUGCAGAUUCAUAUCAUAUGUGUAUUCAGUUUGUUAAGGUCGAAAUUGAAUAUCCCUUAAAAACUUCACAAUUUUCUUGUUGCAAUUUUAACUGAGCAUCUACUAUAGAAGUAUAGUAUCUUUUAUAGAUCCGAUAUGCUGUAAUGCUUGCAUGGUUCUGUCCAUGUUUUUGCACAGCUCGCCCAGGCUCGAAAUAUGAGCAUCGGCAUUGUUGCAUAACACUCAAAAAGGUUUACCUUUAUAUAGAGAGAAAACCUUUUACAUAAAAAACCCAUAAAACGGCCAUAAAUCGGCCCCCACAGGAGAGAAUUAACACACAUUUUAAGUAAGGUAAGCAUUUUUUUUAUUGAAAUCCUUUCAUUUUCGUUCAAAUCCUUAUAUUUUGAAUGUUACGCAACAAUGCCGAUGCUCGCCGAUGCUCAUACUUCGAGCUUGGGCUACCUGUGGUUUUUGAGGUUGGUUUUGGCCAAUUCUUUAUUUUUUCUCUGCGACACAUCAACUUGAUACUUGGACUCUUGCCCCCCAGAGGACACGUGGUAUGGCUUGAUUCUGUGGAUGUUGGGAGUUCUAGAUCAGGGCUUAAUAUCAGAGUGCGCGGAUAUUUUUCAUCAGAGCUUUCUCUGGUUGUUGCGCCAUACUGACAAGUGCCAAAAAAGGCGAAACAGCUGUCUAUGGCUACAAUCUCGCUCUGUUUUGAGUUCUUUCGCUAUCCUGUUGAUGUCUUACGCAGUUGAUUUCACGCAGUACGAUCAGCAUUGCAGUAUUCUGCUUGCAGAACUUAAUAUGUCUACAUUAUUAUUUUUGCUGGUCAGGUCUUUAUAGAUCCUACGUUCUUCGGCAUAUUCGUUUGCGGACCUUUGCAGUCCUUUGUGGUUAAUGUUUGUGCUUAUAAAACUAAGUUAAGCUUAGUUUAAUGUCAUUAUAUGUGAUCACACUGUAGAACUAUCAGUUCCAUUUACAUCUUAAAUAUCUGCAAAAUGUUUUUUCAUUUCUAGAGAAAGCAGCUAAACCUGCCUCGACUCCAGGUUGAGGCCAGACUGCAAAAGGAUAUUCAAGCAGCUAAAGUUAUUAUCAUUAUUGUCUUUGUAUUCCUUGGGUGUUACAUUCCGCCCCUCUGCAUCAUAGUCUGGCAUCGGUCCAAUUCCCAUUUCACUGCUAACACUUGGAAUUAUCACUUAGUACACACCGGCAUACUCAUAUCCAGCGGAAUCAAUCCUGUCAUCUAUUGUUUCAGAACCAGCAGGUUUCGCUGCGCACUGAAACAGCUUCUUAAUGAUCCUUGCGGGAAAACGGCUUUCCAAGAAAUCAAACGGAAGCAACGAGCCAUAGAGAUUAUCCCAAAUCGGAUUGAACUAGGUGACAAAAUUGCGCGCGAACCUGACCAAGACACAUUCAAAACCGCGCUGGAACCUGAUCAGGACAGAUUCGAACGUACUUCCUGUCCAUCCCUUUUUCAAUGGGUUAGUAAUUCCAACUGCUGCACCGGGAGAAUGGGUCGGGUUGCACCACGGUUUCAACAAAAGAAAACCAGUGAAAACAACAACGAAGAAUCGGAACUGCGCGCUGAUAAUAAAGCAACGCCCUUGACAAUACAGGAGUCACAAACUCAGAUAGUAAUCCCGCCGACAAAAUCAAUGGAUAACGAGAAUUAUGAAGAAAAACUCUCCAGAAAAGAGCGACAGACAUUCAAAGCAAAUGACUCACGCCAGGAGGUUACUGUUGAGGUACAUCCUAAACGUAUCCAUAGUCUUCCUAACUUGAGGAAAAAG